CCAUUAAUCAAACCUUUUUUUUUUAAACUGUUUUGUCCUGCAGAGGUGUCCCGAAACGACUCGUGUCCCGACCUGCCUGAGAUCCAGAACGGAUGGAAGACUACGUCCCACAUCGCUCUGGUUCGAGGGGCGCAGAUCACCUAUCAGUGCGACCCGGGAUACGACCUGGUGGGCCGGGAGACCCUCGCCUGCCAGCUGGACCUCUCCUGGAGCAACCAGCCGCCAUUCUGCGAAAAGAUCAUGUACUGCUCAGACCCGGGACACGUGGAGCACUCGACCCGCUCCCUCUCCGACCCCAAGCUCCUGGUGGGAACAACGAUUCAGUACAGCUGCACCGCCGGCUUCAUCCUGCAGGGCGGCGCCACCAUCAGCUGCUACGGACGAGAGCCGGGGACCCCCGUGUGGACCGCCAAACUCCCCCACUGUGUUACGGAGGAGUCUGUUUCCUGUGAGAAUCCCGGUCUGCCCGACAACGGAUACCAGAUCCUGUCCAAGAGGCUGUACCUGCCCGGGGAGUCGCUCACCUUCGUCUGUUACCAGGGUUACGAGCUAAUUGGAGAGGAUGCAAUUAAAUGCAUCAUGGGAACCCCGUCCUUCUGGAGCGGCCCUCUUCCGUUCUGCAUGGCCUACAGUAGCUGCUUUGACCACCAUGAUCUGGAAGUGGCUCGAGCGACGGCAGGCUCCAAGCUGGACGGGGGAAACGUGGCGCUCGCCAUCUUCAUCAUCGUUCUGGUUCUGUCCGUGCUGCUCGGGGGGGCUUAUGUCUACGUGACACGAUGCAGAUAUCACUCCAACCUGAGGCUUCCUCUGAUCUACCCCCACCCGUACCGACAGAUCACCGUGGAGACGGAGUUCGAUAACCCGCUGUAUGAGACCGGAGGAGACUCUCGUGAAUAUGAAGUAUCGAUAUGAAGAAGGAGUAGUUUCUGAAACGUCCCCCAUCCCUCCUCCUCUUCCUCCUCUUCCUCCCCUCCUUCCUCCUUCUCCACCCAGCAGGAGGCCAUGUAAAUAAAAUAGAUGAUGUCUAGCCCCUUCUGCCACGAGAAGCAAAGACUGAUGAUACUGAAGGCAUGAUGGGAAACAUGAGAGGGAACAAGAGAGGGAACAAGAGAGGGAACAAGAGAGGGAACAGGAAACAAGAGAAGGAGUCAGUGUUGAACUUCAAAGCGCCAGGUGAUGGAGGACGGAGGGGAAAAAGGUUUUGGGUGUGAAUUGGAAUAAAGGGGCAGGACACAGAGAGAGGAAGUAAAGGCGAUUAAAGCACUUUGUUAUUAUUUUUGUUAAUUGUAAAAAUGUUUUGAAAGGAUCCUGGAAAAUGUGUCUAAAAGAGUUGUAAUCUUUAAGAUUUUCAAACUGAUAUUUUUGAACUAUUUAUGGUCGGUGUUUCCUGCAAUAGCCACUCGACAUAUUUAUAUUCAGUGGUUUCGAUUUGUUUAAACGGCGGAGUCUGAUAUUCACAUAUACUGGGUUCACAUUUGUCUUAGCUGUUUACGCUCCCACUUAGCUUCAAUGCUAACCAGAUACUUCCUGCUGCCAUUUCUGUUGUUUAAAAUAUCAAAACAUACGGUGGCUUUUAUGGUGAAGCGCUCACAGGAAGUACUGUCUCCAAGGUUAGGGCUUAUAAUCUUUAAAAACGAUCCUGGCUGCACUUUAAUGAGACAGCAAACUGUGGAAAGCUACAUUAGCUGUGAGUUAGCCGCCAACAGCAUUUCUUUGACUUCAACAGAAACUCUGGUUCCUUCUUUCAUUUAUCUCAUAUUUCCUCUCAUUUCUGCACCUUCACCAAUGACAUUCAUUUAGACCCCGGUAACAUUUUCAACUGCCACAAAACGGUCAAAUAACGCUCGACCCUGUGGAUUUGCGUCUACUUGCAUGGUGACAUUGCCUCAAAAUCCACCUAGCCUCCUGUCUGAACCAUGAAUGUAAUAACUAGACUCAACAAUUGUUUGUACACACACCUGCCCAUGCUAUUAGUGUGUGCAAAAGGUAUUAAAUGUGUGUUUACAGUUAAAGAUUUGUCUUGAAAAUGGAGGUCAACGGGGAAAAAAACCUAUUAUUGGAUCAUAACUGGCCGAAUUCACAUUAAGUGGAAGCGCUGAGUCCAUUAAUGCAUCCAUGGUCUGAACACUGUGCAAAACAACAUGCAUGAACAACCUCACCUGAAAUCUUAAGGAUGAGUCUUAAAGGGGACACAUUUGUUGUUUACAUGCACACUCAUGUCGAGCCACAAACUGUUAAUACGAGGAAGGAAAUAUUGAAAAGCUUUUUGUAUUCCUUUCCUCAUUAUUUUGUAACUGUGUCCUGCCCCCUGCCUGUGGAAAGGAUGUUUGUAUCAGCAGGUCCAGCUCUGGCUUUACUUCCAGUCAAAUCUGUGACUUUAAGGCCUUUUCUCACAUGUAUUUCAAUGUUGUAAUCCGGCCUCUCAGUCUCCAGCUCUGGACCCGCUGGCUUCUAAAUGUAAAAUAGCUGCAGACGCGAAAAGGUUUGCGAUGUAAAUAAAGCGUAGAAACUGACGAGCUCAAUCAAAACCCACCAGAUGAUGUAAUUUAUUUUGAUGUACUGUACAUGUCAUGUUUUAUGCAGAUUGAUAAAUGUACAUUUUCAUUAUGAGAAGAACAAAUGUUAAAAGUUUCCCUAAAUAAAUGGUUAAGACUUUGAAUAAAAAAAUCUACAAAAUACUUUUUAAA